UCCCCAACCCCCAUCCGCACCAAAUCCAGCUGCUCCCCUUCGCCUUCUCCUCCUGGCAGAGAUCCAAAGAUAGCGCAACCGCAUCUCACUCCCUAUUUGAGAAUCCCACCUCCUCUUCUUCCUCGAGGAGCAAAGAGUCCAAGAAAGCAAGCGAUUUGAAAAAGAAAAGAAGCGAUUUUUUAGAAAAGACAGGCCAUGGCGGCGGUGAUGGUUGCGAGGCAGGGGCGGGAGCUGCAGCGGUACAGCGACAGCACGGGCGGCCGCGUCGUGGUGGGCUGUGUCCCGUACCGCGUGCGCGCCGACGACGGCGAGGUGGAGGUGCUGGUGAUCAGCUCGCAGAAGAAGGGCGCGGCGGGCGGCGUGCUGAUCCCGAAGGGCGGGUGGGAGCUGGACGAGUCCAUGGACGAGGCUGCCCGCCGCGAGGCCAUGGAGGAAGCCGGCGUGGUUGGGGAGAUCGCGGGCCCCGCGCUGGGCCGGUGGUGGUACCGGAGCCGGAGCUACGACGCGACGUACGAGGGCAUCGUGCUCCCGCUGCGCGUCACGGCGGAGAUGGAGCGGUGGCCCGAGAUGACGGCCCGGCGGAGGGAGUGGCUCACCGCGGCGGAGGCCAUCGCCCGGUGCCCGCACAGGUGGAUGCGCGAGGCGCUCCAGCGAUUCGCCGACCCCAUCGGUGCCGCGGACACAGCGGAGACGGUCCUCGUCGGCUAACCUCUGUAGGCGCAUUGAGGCCACGCCUCGCUCGGUUUGCUCCCGCGUUUUUCGCCGCGCACGCGCGCGGGACGUCGGCUCCUGGGCUCUGCGGUUUCGGAUUUCCCGGGCCGGUGGAACGGAGAAGACUUGAUUGAAUGGCACACACGAAUCUGAGAAUUGUGCUGCGACAAGACACCGCUUGUACAUUCCUUGGCUGGCUGGGGAUUUCAACAUGUAAAUCUCACGUAGUUGACCUAAUUCAUUGUGGUAAUAGAGGGAACGGCAGUAACGAUUCACUAAUCCGGCUCGCUCUUGCUGCAAAGGCAGCAACGUUCUAUGCAAAUAUGCAGUUACUGAAAUACAACUUGUUCCUUUCUGAGA